AUGGCUGCUGUGCUGAAUGGCCAUUCCAAUGGUCAACAUGACCACGACGACGACGUUACAUCUGCUCUCGUGCGCUUCUCUCACAUUCCUGCCGCCCUUGAUGUGCCACUUUCGAGUGGAGACGCCGAAGAGGCUGUCGAAGUCAAUCUCGAGGAUUUGAUGGACGAUCCCACUGAGCUGUGCACCCUGCUCGAGAACGAGAAUGUUGCUCGCGGAUACUGGAUGACCAUCGCCCUGGCCUACGCCAAGCAGCAAAAGGUCGACCACGCAAUCGACAUUGUCACACGGGGCCUCAGCUCUCUGUCGCGCAAUGCAAAGCCCGAAGACAAGCUUUCACUUCUGUCAUGCUUGUGCUGGCUGCGCUUGUGCCAGUGCAGAGACGCCCCUCGUCUGAAGCCUGAUACCCAGCUAGCUUCCGAGGCCCGCAACAAAGAGUAUUACAUCCAGCAGGCCACCAGCACCCUGAACGAGGCUUCGCGCAUCAGCCCUACCUACCCUCCACUCUUUCUCGCCCGCGGCGUCCUCUACCUCCUCCGCGCUUCGCUACAACCCUCCAAAUCCUCGUCAACAGCUCAAGAGUCUGAACGCCUUGAUACCCUCCGCCAGGCUGCAAAAUGCUUCGAGGACUCUUUGCGCGCUUCCAACGGUCGCAACAUGAUGGCCGUCAUGGGCAAGGCCAGAGCUCUCUUCUCCCUCGGCAAAUACGCCGAUGCCCUGCACAACUACCAGGCCGCUCUCGAGCGUGCUCCGCAACUCCAAGAUCCGGAUCCGAGAAUCGGCAUAGGCUGCUGUUUCUGGCAGUUGGGUCACAAGGAUGAAGCCCACAGUGCAUGGCAGCGCGCUCUUGAAGUCAGCCCAACCUCCAAGAUUGCCAACAUCCUGCUCGGUCUGUACCACCUCGACCAGAGCGCAAAGUUCCCCACUACCGACCCCGAGUUCCAGCAGCACUACAAGAAGGCCAUGACCGAGUACACCCAGACCGCAUGGAAGCUCGACAACAAGUUUCCUCUCACCUGCGCCACCUUCGGAAACUACUUCAUCCUCAGAAAGGCCUGGCCUACGGUAGAACGUCUUGCUCGUCAAGCCAUCGAGGCUACAGAUGUCAACGCGAUCGCUAGUGAUGGUUGGUACCUCAUGGCCCGCAAGGAGCACACUGAGGGAAACGUCUCAAAGGCUACUGAUUAUUACAACAGAGCCGAUCAAGCAAGAGGCGGAGAUGAGAGGGGUUACCUGCCCGCCAAGUUUGGUGCCGCUCAACUCAAGAUUCUUUCGAAGGAUUGGAGCGGCGCAAAGUUCCGUCUGGAAAGCAUCGUCCAAUCUAGCAAGAGUGCUGAAGCCAUGACUCUGCUUGGUCUUUUGUACGCCGAGGAGGUCUACGCCAACCAAGAUGCUGGCUCCAAGGAAGACAAAUCUUCGGAGAUGAGGAAGGCUAUUGGUCUGCUGGAGGGUGUUCGCAACUCGUGGAAGGACCCCAAGAAGAAGGCCACCCCGGACUCAUACGUUCUCUUGAACUUGGCCAGACUUUACGAAAUCGAAAAUCCUGAGCGCAGUCUGCAAUGUUUGCAGCAAGUCGAGCAGAUGGAAAUCGACGGCAUUGACGAGGAAGAUCGUCCCGACACCAAGGACGACGCCGAGCUCAAGACUGCUCUCCGCGAAAUGCUCCCACCACAAUUGCUCAACAACAUGGCUGCCUUCCAUUUCCAAGCCGAACGUUUCAGCCAAGCCAGAGAUCUAUUUCAAACUGCCCUCAAUGCCUGUGUCAAGGCCGGCGCAAAGGACAGCGAACUCGACACCGAUUCUCUUGUCACCUCCAUCAGUUACAACUUGGCCAGAACAUAUGAAGCCGAACACAUGCUGGAUGAGGCCAACCAAGUUUACCAAGGCCUACUCGAGCGUCACCCCGACUACACAGAUGCCAGAAUUAGACUUGCAUACAUUGCACUACGCGAGAAUCCCUCAGAAGGCGGUCAGAUGGUCAAGAAGUUGCUCGAGUCAGAAGCAGGCAAUCUCGAUAUUCGUGCUCUUUACGGUUACUACAUUCACAAGGCAAAGAAGAGAACCAUGAACCCCGCCGAGGAUCAAGAGCAGAGACACUACAAGCAUACCCUCCAGCACCAUGAUAAGCACGACAGAUACUCCCUGACUGGUAUGGGCAACCUCUUCUUGCAGGUCGCACGCGAGAUGCCCAGAGAUACCGACCAGCACAAGGAGAAACGCACAAAGACUUAUGUCAGAGCCAUCGAGUUCUUCGACAAGGCUCUGCAGCUUGACCCUCGCAACGCUUAUGCCGCUCAAGGUAUCGCCAUUGCGUUGAUUGAAGACAAAAAGGACUACGGAACAGCGAUCCAGAUCUUUACUAAAGUUCGGGAAACCCUGAAGGACUCCAGUGUCUUCAUCAACAUGGGCCAUGCAUUCGUCGAGGUCAAGCAAUUCGCUCGCGCAAUCGAAAGUUACGAAUCUGCGCUUGCCAAGGAUCGCACACACGACCCCAGCAUCCUUGCUUGCCUCGGUCGCGUCUGGCUGAUGAAGGGCAAGCAGGAGAAGAACAUGCAGGCCAUGAAGACUGCUCUCGAAUUCUCCAACCGCGCACUGGAGUCAUCACCUGAACAGCUUCACUUCAAGUUCAAUGUUGCAUUUGUUCAGAUCCAAAUUGCUCAACUCAUCUACACCUUGCCGGAAGCCACGAGGACGUCUAUUGAUCUUGAAUCCGCUGCUAACGGCUUGGAUGAAGCUAUCGAGAGUCUCAUGGCUAUCGCCAGAGCACCGAACCCACCUUUCCCCAAGAACGACAUCGAACAGCGUGCUAACAUGGGAAGAAACACUAUGCGCAAGCAACUGGAUCGUGCUUUACAAGGUCAACGUGACUUUGAGUCCAAGAACGCAUCAAGACUCGAACAAGCUCGUCAACAGCGCGAGGCAGAAAUCAAGAAGCGUGAAGAGGAAAAGCGCGCACUGGAAGAGGCAAAGGAAGAACGCCGAAGAAAAAUCGCAGAGGAGAGACAGCGCAUGCAAGAGCAAGACCGCGAGAUUGUCGAGCAGAAGAUCGAGGAGGAAGCUGAACGCAAAGCUCGCGAAGACGCUGAUCUCACCACUGAUGAGGAGACCGGCGGACGCAAGAAGAGAGAAAAGAAGCCCAAGGGUGCGAGAAGAAAGAAGAAGGGCGGUGACAGCGAUUCAGACAUCAUCAACGAUGAGGAUGAGGGUUCUGAUGCCGAUGACAACGCCGAGUUUGGAGAGAGAGAACAGCGACAAAAGUCCAAGCGACGCAGCACUUCAGGCGCUUCUGAUGACGAAGAUGGCGAGAAGCCCAAGAAAAAGAAGCGCAGAAAGCUCGAGAGAAAGGGCAAGGCAGCCGAGCCAAAGGGCAAAUUCAAGAGCUCUGAGGUUGUGGUGGACAGUGACAGCGACGACGAUGCAGUUGCCACUCAAAACGAAAACGCAAGACUUGCCGAAAAGAUCAACGAUGAGGAUGACGCUCAAAAGGAAGCUCGAGGGGAUGAGUCGAUGGUAGAGGGAGGAGAAGAUGAGGACGCCGUUGUUGAAAGGCGGAGAAAGAAGCCAGCUCGUGUGAUCGACGACGACGACGAGGAUGAGGAUGAGACUCCGGCCACUACCGGUGGAGAUGUCUCGAUGGUUGAUGAGACUGUUACCGCAGCUGGCAACGAGAAUGCUCCAGACUCAUAG